GGAAUAGACACAGACACUGAUUGGGUCAUGCUGAAAACAUUCCUGUCCUAUGAAGCAAGUCUGUUUGUAUUUUAGGUUUGCCAGGACUAAUGAAUUAAAAAUCUUGGGCUCGCCACAGUUUGCUGCUUAAUAAUGCCUGUGACAGAAGGAUUUUUUCCUCCCUGAAGCGUGACAGCAUCAUAAUCCCUCGUCACUGGCAAAGAGAGGAAGGAAAAGCGGAAUUGUGGAGAAAAGCGGAAAAGGGUGAUCUUUUGGGACAGCAAAGUCUAUGGGAAGUGCAGGUAGCAGCAUGUUGCCCUGACAGCUGUCUCAGCUUCUCAGACCGUGUCAGUUUGUUGCUAUGCAGCAGGUGCAGCCUUUUCUUUUAUUGAAGCUUUACUCCAUAAAGGCAACGACAAGCCAAGGCAGUGGCUGGCCCUGGAUUAUACAAGUGCAGACACUCCGCUAAGUGAGGGUUUCAUCUCAGUAAAACCACUUUUUGGAGUUGGUGGUCUCAGAAGAAAGACUGAGGACUGAAUAAGGUCCCAAUCCGGGAGUCAAGCCCAUGCAGACAGACCCCUACACCUGCACAGAGUUCCACUGAAGAAUCACCACCAAGAACCAGGCAGCAUUGCCACGAGUCAAGGCUUGCUGAAGGGGCAAUGGCGGGGAGCAAGCAGCUGGAACAAACAAGUAAAAGCAUUGACUCAAGUGCCCACAUGAUCACCACCGCCAGGGUACCUGCUGAUAAGCCAGUACGAAUUGCCUUCAGCCUGAAUGACUCCCCAGACGAUGCUUCCUCUGAAAACUUUCCCUUGGCAUUUCCAGAUCUAGAUCAGCAGCUGCAGCCACUGCCUCCUUGUCAUGACUCUAAGGAAUCUAUGCAGGUGUACAAACAGCACUGCAAAAUAGCAGAAGAGUACCAUGAGGUCAAGAAAGAAAUUGCUCUGCUGGAAGAAAGAAAAAAGGAGCUGAUUGCCAGGCUGGAACAAGUGGAAAAAGAAAGCAUGGAUGCUGCUCAGCUGGCUAAGGAGUACGCAGAACUGACAGAGGAGAACCGAACACUGAAGCUGGCCCAGACACAGUGUGUAGAGCAACUGGAAAAGCUCAGAAUACAGUACCAAAAAAGACAGGGGUCCUCAUAACUCUCAACUAGCUUAUGUGAGGCAGUUAAUACAGGAUUGGUCCUGUGCUGUAAGAGAUUUUAAAAUAAAGGUCUGUUUAAUAUGUUAUAAUACUUUACUACAGAUACAGAGUAUGUAGAAGUCUAUAUUUGAUUUAAUGCUUGCCAGCCAGUAGCUUAAUAUAAUGGAUAUUUCAUCCAUUAUAUAAUGGAUAUUUUAUUUCAAGUAACAUAAUUGAAGUUAAUCUAUCCCCAUUAUAUGUUCUAGUAGAUCAGGUUUCUUUUCUAAACAUAUUUCUUCCAAUUUAAGAAGAUAUGGACACACCAGAAAAUGAUAUAAAUAGUCUCUGUGUUGGGAAUUUGGACCAUACUAAGGCAUACAGCAGGGACAUUGUUAAUAUAUGGAAUACAUCUAUGUUAAUUUUAGUUUGGAGAAGAUUUUUUUAAUUAUUUUCCUCAUGCCUAAAGUGUUUGGAAGUUAUCUUGAAACAGAUCUCCUCAUGGGUAAAAACUACUCUAUUAUACCAUGUCAACUUUACACUGUUGUAUAAAAUCUGACAAAUUGCACGCUGAAAAUUGAAGUAACAUAAUUACUUUUUAUCAAACAAGUGGACUGCCAGUAAUAAUUUGCAAGUUAUGAAAUUAAAAGGAAAUGGAUGAGAUCAAACUUUCCUUCCUCAAGUGUAAAGAUAGCUUGAGAGUCCUUUUAUUGUACUUUUUGGCAUGCAAGAAAUGAAAAAUUAAUAUAUGAAUACUACCAUCAUAGUUCCAACUGAGAGUAUGUCAGUGAAAGUACUGUGAGGAUAUUUUGUUCUUAUUUUCCUGUCUGUUUUGAAACAUAAGUGGCUGUAAGUAGGGACAGGAGUUCUGUGAUAUACAAAUAACCUGGAAGUAAAAUAUUAGUUGUACUUGCUCUAUUUAUCCCUGUAUUUUCCUAGAUCAGUUGAAAAUCCUUUGUUAUACUUCCAUUUCUGUUCAUACAGUAUUUUUUUCAUUAAAAACAGAUAUAGAAAAGCC